AUGGCCCCCUACGGAAAGACCGUCAAGUCCAGCGCGUACUACAGCCGCUACCAGACCAAGUACCGCCGUCGCAGAGAGGGAAAGACCGACUACUAUGCUCGUAAGCGCCUGAUCACCCAGGCCAAGAACAAGUACAACGCUCCCAAGUACCGCCUGGUCGUCCGCUUCACCAACCGCGACAUCGUCACCCAGAUCGUCUACUCCGAGCUCACCGGUGACAAGGUCUUCGCCAGCGCCUACUCCCACGAGCUUAAGGCCUAUGGCAUCUCCAACGGUCUGACCAACUGGGCUGCUGCCUACGCUACCGGUCUCCUCCUUGCCCGCCGUACCCUCAAGAAGCUCGGCCUCGACGAGGACUUCACUGGUGUUGAGGAGCCCGAUGGAGAGUUCUCCCUCACCGAGGCUGCUGAGACCGACGAGGGUUCCCGCCGCCCCUUCAAGGCCUUCCUUGACGUUGGUCUUGCCCGUACCUCCACUGGUGCCCGUGUUUUCGGUGCCAUGAAGGGUGCUUCCGACGGUGGUAUCUUCAUCCCCCACUCCGAGAGCCGCUUCCCCGGUUACGACAUUGAAUCCGAGGAGCUCGACGCCGAGACUCUCCGCAGCUACAUCUUCGGUGGUCACGUUGCCGAGUACAUGGAGGGCCUUGCUGACGACGACGAGGAUCGUUUCCGUGGCCAGUUCCACAAGUACACUGAGAACGAGGUUGAUGCCGGUGACAUCGAGGACCUCUACACUGAGGCCCACAAGGCUAUCCGUGAGGACCCCUUCAAGAAGGUCGAGUCCGAGGGCCCCAAGAAGACCAAGGAGGAGUGGAAGGCUGAGAGCAAGAAGCACCGCAAGGCCAAGCUUUCCCACGAGGAGAGGAAGGCUCGCGUCGAGGCCAAGAUCCGUGAGCUUGCUGCUUAA